GUCGCCACAUGAUAGUCGGUCUCUUAAAUUAUUGGCGAUCUUCUUUUGAAAAGCUACACUAGUUAAAAGAAGUGAGCCAUUAGUAAUGAACGGAGCGGUAAUUCCUGAUACACCUAUUGCGGUGGACUUUUGGAGAUUGAGGCAGUGUGCGCACUCGAGCAUUUUCUUUCUGUCUCACAUGCACGCAGAUCAUACGGUUGGUCUUACUUCGUCUUGGAACACUCACCCCAUUUACUGUUCAGAGCUGACAAAGAAGCUUGUAACAGCCAAAAUUGGAGUGAAUAGCGAGCUCGUGAUUGGUUUACCCUUGGACGAACCCUUCGUUAUAAACCUGGACGAGCAAGGCCAAGAAACAAUGUCCGUAACUUUGAUCGACGCUAACCAUUGCCCAGGUUCUGUUAUGUUUAUUUUCGAAGGUUACUUUGGUAAAAUCCUCUAUACCGGUGAUUUUCGUCAUUGUGAACGCAUAGCAACACAUUCUGCUUUUAAGAGAAGAGUGUUUGAUGUGCUCUAUCUUGAUAAUACUUACUGUGAUCCCAACUGUAUUUUCCCUUCUCGAACUGAAGCAACCAUCAACAUCCUCGAGAUUAUUCGAAGACAUUCAGAGUACAAGAUUGUCAUGGGGCUUCCUAACCUUGGCAGAGAGAUGCUUCUUCACACUAUUGCUAAAGCCUUCAGAACGUGGAUUGGAGUGGAUCCUUUAAGAAGAGAAACGUUGGAACUAAUCGAAAUGCCGAACGUAUUUACUAGUGAGAUUGACAAAGUUAGGAUUAGGGUGGUGAAAAACAUUGAAAUAACUAGGAAGAACGUGCAGGCUUGGAACUCUGUUGAACCAACCAUUGCUAUUAUACCAACAUGCCUUUAUGUUGGUGGGAUAAACCCCUUUGCCAAUUUUGAUAACGUAUUUGUAGUUCCAUAUUCAGAUCAUAGUUCUUUUGAAGAGCUGCAAAAGUUUGUUCAAAUUGUCAAGCCAAGGAGAAUCAUUCCAAUUGUGCACAAAUGCAGGCUGUCACCAGGUGAAACCAUAAAUGCUAGAGUGAACAUGAAUGUCUUUCAAUCUUUGAUGGAUUAUUCUCUGCCACAGAAGUACAGGAUCCCUCAUUCUGUGGCAUGCUUCAUGAGUUCUACAGCACAGCAACCCAGGAAGAAGAAGAAAAUAAAGGCAACAGUGCAGCUUUGCAGGAGAAAGGCUGCUAAAAGCAAGAAACCUCAAGGGGUAGUGUUUUCUCCUAGCCCAGAGAAAAAAUUAGUGAUAGAGGGAAAUUGCGAGUUAGACACUGGCAUUGAAGAUUGUAGUCUGUCCAAAGAGAUCACAGGAGUUCAGAUAAGACCAGUUACUUCUGAGGGUAAGAGCUGUGUGGAAGAAGGAAAGAUGUCAGAUAAACAAUUGCUUAGUAUAGCAGAAGAGAUCACAGAAGAUGAAAAUAAAGUAGCCUCAUCAAUGUACAACAAAUCAAGCUUAUCAGACAGUGAUGAGAUAGAGAGGUCAAACAAAAGUAUUCUCAAUUGUGAAGACACUAAUGACAAGGAACAAAUGAUCACAGAAGAUGAGAUGAAUGCUAUUGCUUCUCCAACUAUUAAAUGUGGUAAAGCCACCAGUGAACCAGAAGGGUUGUCAGAGAUGGAUACUGAUAAUUUUAGUAUAGACAUAAUCAUCCCUGCUGAUGAAGUAAAUCUAGUUGCUUCCUCUGCAGUUGAAGCUCAAAUGGCAGGUAGCAAAUCAGAAGGAAACCAGCAUUUCAGUCAUGUUUCCAGUGGAGAAGGUUUUCAAGGUGAAAGUAUGGUCCAAGAGACAUGUGGAAACAAAAACAGUUUUGUUGGUUUGUUAUCAGGCACUAAAGAUGUGGCAGGAAGUCAAAUGAAAGAAGAACCCAUGGUUCAUCACAGUGUGGAAGAUAGAAGGGUCAAACAUGUUACAUCUGCUUCAGCUAAGAAAACCAAGGUUUCACCUGAUGAGCAUUUGAGUUCCCCCAAGAGAAGUAUUUCCAACUACAAGAUCAAACGCAGGGAUAUGAAUGACGAUGUUAUUACUUCAGCAGAGAAUACUCCCUUGAAAAAUCUUUCUCUAAAAAGAAAGUUUCAAGAUAUUGAUGCCAACAGCUGUGAGAAUGUUGUCAGUGAAGUUGACAGUCGUAGAUCAGACAUGAAAUUCAACAUUUACACUGGAUCCACAUGUGAUUUUGCAAGAAAGGUACUCGAUGACCUGGCGAAAAGUGCACCUCGUAGAGAUAAAUGAUUAAAAACCACAAUACUUCAUCACAAGUUAUCACCUCAGUUUAUAUUAUGUAUCAGUUUUUUCACAUUUUUUGCAAGUUUUGUUUUGAGAAUUUGGUUUCAAUUUAACAAUUUUUUCCAGUCAGAAAGGGAACUUAAGUAUAUUGGCAGAAGUAAAUUCUUAGACCACAACCCUGCACCUCGUUCAAAUUCUACAGUAAGUUUGUUUAAUAUCUGAGUUAAGCUGGUUGUUAUUUACAUAAGCAAAUGCACUUGCAAAAUUUCACUCCUUCAACAAAGUUUGCCACAAGAUGUACCAGUAGGUAGAUGUAAAGCAUAUUAUCGAAAGAGUUCAAGUAAUCAAUUAUUAAUAGUCAGAGUUAAUAUUAUUUUAUGAUAGAAUUGUCACUGUUUAUGUUAUUGUUGAUUAAAAAUCCCAUCAAGUGAUAAAGGAAAAUGUUUGACAAAUGUGUUAUUGCAGAGGGCUUUAAGCCAGCCAUCCCUUUCUUCUAUUUAUGUCUUGCAAGUGGUGGAAAAAUACAAACAAAAUGAGGCUCACUUCAACACUUCAACUCUCAAGUAGUGACUGGCUUUCACCCUGGAAUCAUAAGUAAAGG